GCCUCUAUAGUUAUAUGCUAUAAAUGUAGGAGUUGGCGAAGCAAGUUUACAUAGCUCAAACUUGUCUACUAAUUACUACUCUAAUCCAAUUCCUCCUCCCAUGGCAUUUGGAAUGACUGAUAAAGAUAUUGAGAGUAUCAACAGGCGAAUGGCCUCUGUUUCCGGGCAUCUCAUUCCGGCCGGAUUCCACGACGGGAACGAUAACGUCGCCUUGUCCAAUUGCAGCUCCGGGAUGGAUGACACCUACCACCGCGUGCACGGUGAGGUUCCGACCUACAUUCCUCAAUGGAAGCCGGUAUUUGACGAUCCCGCCAACCCCUUCACCGAUAUUAUCUAUGAAAAAGCUGAAGGCAUUGCUAAGAUAACUAUAAAUAGGCCGGAGAGGAGAAAUGCAUUCCGACCUCAAACAGUGAAGGAGCUGAUGCGCGCGUUCAAUGAUGCUAGAGAUGAUAACUCUAUCGGAGUUAUUAUUUUCACGGGAAAGGGUACAAAGGCCUUUUGCAGCGGCGGUGACCAAUCAUUCAGGGGAAAGGAAGGUUACGCUGAUUAUGAUAGUUUCGGUCGACUAAAUGUUUUAGAUUUGCAGGUCCAAAUUCGUCGUCUCCCCAAACCAGUGAUUGCUAUGGUUGCAGGAUAUGCAGUUGGGGGUGGACAUGUGCUUCAUAUGGUCUGCGAUCUGACAAUUGCAGCAGAAAAUGCAAUUUUUGGCCAAACAGGGCCCAAGGUUGGAAGCGUCGAUGCUGGUUAUGGAGCUUCCGUAAUGGAUCGUUUGAUUGGUCCGAAACGAGCGCGCGAGAUGUGGUUUAUGGCAAGGUUUUACAACGCUGCUGAAGCAGACAAAAUGGGGCUUGUCAACACUGUCGUCCCUUUGGAGAAGCUGGAAGAGGAGACAGUUAAGUGGUGUAGAGAGAUCCUAAGGAACAGCCCCAUGGCGAUUCGCGUUGCCAAAUCUGCUCUGAAUGCCGUUGAUGAUGGCCAUUCUGGACUUCAGCAAAUGGGAGGAGAUGCGACCCUUCUCUUCUAUGGAACAGAGGAAGGCACGGAGGGGAAGAACGCCUACUUGCAGCGCAGGAAACCCGAUUUCUCCAGAUUUCCCCGUCUGCCUUGACUUUGCUCUACAAUCCAUGGAAUAAUGUUAAUGAGUUUUCUCGAGAGGGACUAUGUUCGUGUCGUCUUGUUUGUUUGGACUUGUCGAAUAACUAAUUUCCCUGUUCUAUGCUUCCUACUUUCUCAUUUCCGAUGGAGCCACUUUUUAUUUUCAUGUUACGCUCUCACAUCAUUAAAAUUUCAAAUGAAUUGUUCUGUUAAAUUUCUAUGUAUACCUGUGAUAAAUUUCUAUGUAUACCUGUGAUUGUUGAUGAUU